AUGCUUUUUUCUGCCUCCAUCGCAGCCUUUAUUCUGAGCACGUCUGUGCUCUCAUUAAGCAUUCCUCGCUCAUCACAGCCCUUGUCGAGACUUGAUAUUAAACUGACUUCAGCCGGCAAUACCCGUGUCAAGGCUGUUCUUACUAACAAGGCCAGCCGCACACUUAAUUUACUGAAGUAUAACAAUCUUUUGGAUGACGGCCCCGUGAAAAAGGUCGAGUUAUACAAGAAUGGUAAUCCCGUAGAAUUUGAUGGAAUGGUUCGGCAUUUUCAAACGAGAGGUCUUCCGGAGAAUGUGUUUGUUUCUAUUAGGCCUAACGAAAAGAUCGAAGUGAACUUCGACAUUGCGUCGACCGCUGAUUUAUCAGCGGGCGGCAGUUAUUCUAUCGUCUCUCGUGGCCAUAUUCCAUUUGCCGAGCCAAGUACAACUGAGCUUACCGGAGUUGUGAGCUAUGACUCUAAUACAUUAAAGCUUGACAUUGAUGGCACUGCUGCUGCCUCAGUCGUCAAGGCUAUUCCACAUUUUCUCGUCCCGCGGGCAAGGCUAGAUCGCCCUACCUGCGGCCCCUCUUUCGGACCGGUUGUGAGGGCUGCUCUAAAAAACGCUGCCGAAAUUUCUUUGAAAGCCGCUGAGGCUGCUAAAAAAAAUCCCAAACUGUUUCAGGAGUAUUUCCGCACCAGCAAUUCAAGUGCCGUUAACACCGUGGCUCGUCGCUAUCGAGCAGUUGCCAAAGAAGCAGCUUCCAUAGAUAGUGGAAUUGUUAGAUAUUAUUGUCAAGAUUUCCUUGGUCGAUGCACGACGAAUAUGCUUGCUUACACACUUCCUCGUCGAAACACUAUCGCCAAUUGCCGGGGGUUCUACCAGAUCUCACCACUUUCAACCAAAUGCCGCGUGGAAGAUCAAGCUGCUACCGUUAUUCACGAGAUUACCCAUGCCGUUGGCGUCUUUUCACCCCACACCAUUGACCAUGCAUACGGGUAUCAAAACCUUACGAAACUGACGACUGCACAGGCACUUCUGAAUGGUGACACUUAUGGUCUAUUUGCCGUUGCUGUCCGCCUAGGAUGUUAG